CAUAAAUUAAUCAAAAUGAACACUAAAACAUGGAAUGACUUAGUAGGAGUCUCGAGAGGUCUCUGGUCAGUCAUCCAGAAAGCCCAAACCAGCAGCGUUAGAAUCCAUAAGAUGCCCAGAGUCCCUACUUAUGAAAGACUUGAUAAUUAUAGCCAAAAAUAUUCUGAGAAAAUUAGAACACAAAAUGAAGAAAGUAUUCUAAAUCAAGAGCUUUAUGAUAUUAAGCAGGAGAGAAUCAUUAAAAAUGUAGAAAACCAGAAGGAAGAGAAGCUGAUGUAUGAGGUCAAUGAGAGCCAACUUCAGAAGAAAACUCAAAAAGAGCCUAAAAUUGAUAGUUUAAGCCAAGAAUUUACUGAAAAACUAGUUACUGAAGAGCCUGAAAAAGCUAAAGAGGAGGAAUAUAUUGAAGAUGAGAUCUCACUGAAGGAAAAAGAUAUGGGAUAUCAUGAAACACCCUUCUAUCUAAAGCAAGAUAGACCUGUGUUUACAGGAAAAGAAACUAAAAUACCAACAAGUCCAUCAGCAAGGGCCUUACACUUUGGAGCUCUAGGAAUUUCACUAGUAGGAGGAACAAUCUCUGCUGCCUUAAAGCAGAAUCUUGGGAUUAGUAGACCUCUUCCAGAGGUAGUUGGGAGAAGGAGACUAGCAAGAUAUGCUAUGACAGAUGAUAACUCUAAUAGGCUUUCAAAUACUUUAUGCAAAAUGAGAGGAGCAGCUUUAAAGAUUGGUCAAAUCUUGAGUAAUACAGAAGAUAGUGUUAUUCCCCCAUCAAUGCAAAGAGCAUUUGACAAAGCUAGACAAAAUGCAGAUAUCAUGCCAAAAUAUCAAGUCAUUCAAAUGCUCGAGAGAGAAUUGGGCCAAGAUUGGGAAAGCAACUUCAAAGAGUUUAAUAUGUAUCCUAUCGCAGCUGCCUCUAUAGGGCAGGUUCACGAAGGAGUUUUACAAGAUGGUACAAAAGUGGCUAUAAAAAUUCAAUAUCCUAACAUUGCAAGAUCAAUCGACUCUGAUUUCAGUAACUUUAAAAGACUCCUUAAAGUACUGGGAGCUGCACCAGAUAGCCUUUACAUAGAUGAAUUAUUCACAAAUGUUAAAACAGAGCUUCAUGAAGAAUGCGAUUACAUUGUGGAAGCUGAAAAACAAGAGUACUAUAAGAAAAUGUUAGACUGAGAAAAUUACACCAAUGAUUAUUACGUUCCCAAAGUUUAUGAUAAUUUAUCUACCAAGCAUAUUCUAACUCAGGAAUUUAUUAAUGGAUUACCAAUUGAUGAGCUUCAUAAUUGCCCACAAACUAUCAGAGAUCGGGCUGGUGAACUUUUACUUAAGCUAUGAUUACAUGAGAUUUUUCUACUGAAGUUUAUGCAGACAGAUCCAAACCCAGCUAACUUUUAUUAUGAUUUGGAGGAAAAUAGAUUUAAUUUGAUAGAUCUUGGAGCUGCUCAUCAUUACAAAGAAUCAUUUGUGCAUGAUUACUUCCAGAUAGUUGAGGGAGCAGUUCUUGGAGAUAAAGACAAGAUCAUAGAUUACUCCAAAAAGUUAGGGUUCCUAACUGGAGAGGAGAACAGGGUUAUGCUUGAAUCGCAUUCCAACAGUGCAAUGUUCAUCGGUGAACCUUUCAAACAUCAAGAUGCUUUCUUUGAUUUUGGAAAUUCAGAAAUUAGCAGAAAACUAAUCGAAGAAAUUCCAGUAAUGCUCAGGAACAGGCUAAGUCCUCCUCCACAAGAAGUAUACUCUCUUCACAGAAAGUUAUCAGGCGCAUAUUUCCUCUGAAUUAAACUAAAGUCAAGAGUAAACUCAAGAGAGCUCUUUAGUGAAGUAAGUGAGAAGUACAAAUUAGCAAACAACUCCUUCAACACUCCAGCCCAUUAAAGAAUAUUGGUUCAAUAAAAUACUAUAAAA